AUGCAGCCGCACUUGCUGGUCGAGCAUGGCCCUUCGAGCAUGCUCACCUCGCCCUUCCUCGUGGACAACCUGCUGAGGGAGCAGGCCGCCCUGAAGGAGCGCGCCCUCUCGCUCACCAUCCUGCGCGACGAGUGCUCCGACGACUCGGCCUCGCCGCCCGCUCAGCACAGCCCUGACAAUGACAAUGACACUAGCGAGUGCACUUGCGGCGCCGUCGACGCGCCUGCCGUCGGCGCCACGUCCGACCACCACCACGACGAGUCCAAGCCGGUCCUCAAGUUCAGUGUUAGUGCAAUUCUCGGUAGUGAUAAGCCUGGUCCCUGUACUGCCUGUCUUCAGAGGUCGAAUUCGCCACGGCGGAAAAGGCUGUAUGUGGAGCAGCACUUGAGUUCGCAGCAGGUGCAGCACCACGUGCACCAAGCACUGAACGCCGCCCUUUGGCGGACGCACCAUCCCUCCGGCGGCCCCAUCAACCCCUUCCUUCAGGGCGGUGCAGCUGCUUCCUUCGGCUCGUUGGGCAUCGCAAAACCCAUCGCGUCCAGGCCGCAGCCGCCGCACCACCACGUCUUCGACUCGCACCUCCAAUCUUUCCUCGCCUCGUGCAGACACCCCUAUCUGACUGUGACAACCCAAAAUGGAGCGCAGCAACAACCCUCGUCAGGAGCUCAAACGGUGCCCCAAAACGGCCCCGCCGUUUUCCCCUUGGCGGGGUCUUUCCCGUGGGCCGGCAGCGCCAGGGGGAAGCCCAGGAGAGGGAUGAUGAGACGAGCCGUGUUUUCGGACUUGCAGCGGAAGGGCCUUGAACGCCGAUUCCAACUGCAAAAGUACAUCAGCAAGCCGGACAGGAAAAAACUGGCCGAGAAACUCGGACUCAAGGACUCGCAGGUAAAAAUUUGGUUUCAAAAUCGGCGGAUGAAGUGGCGCAACUCGAAGGAGCGCGAGCUGUUGGCCGCCGGAGGAUCGAGGGAGCAAACCCUGCCCAACAAGAACAACCCUCACCCUGAUUUGAGCGACGCUGAGGCGGACAGGGCGCGAAUACGCGACCUCGGCGGUUCCGAUACUUCACCCGUUGGCUCUCCUCUACCUCCGAACAGCCACCCUGACCAAGGUGGCGAGAUGUCGCCGUCUCAACAGGAGUGCUGGGACGAGUCGGACGACGAGGAAAUCCACGUGACGUGAUUUUUGGACAUGAUAAAUCAGGGAAAAUGUAAAAAGUCAGUUUGAGUAAAAAAAUCCAUCAGUUAUAUUAUAUUUAUGCUGUGCAGUUUUGAAGGCAAUUCAAAAUUUAUUUCCACAUUUUUCAUAGUGUUUAGAUAUUUGAACAAAACUCAAGAAACGCCUCAGUUUCAAAUAAUUACUUACUGUGUCAAAAUAUGGAAUUAAGAACUUCAAUAAUGCACUUUUGUUAGAUCUUUGUGAAUUUUUUUGACAAAGCGGCACAAUCGUAGUGGAAAUAAUUAUCUGUAAAAAAAUAUUACAAUGUCUAGUGGUUCUUUUUGUAAAUAACCCCUUUCAAGCAAUUCUGCUUCAAAUAAUUCAGUAAAAUGUGUAAAAAAAAAUAAAAUAAGUAAAUUUGUGA